AUGUCAAGAUAUCUAUUUUCAUCCCAUUAUUCGUCUGCACCACCACGCUACUCGUUUCCUAACUCUUCGUUCAUGUCGAUUUCUGGUAUUCAAGGGCAGCUUCUUGAGGUCACUGUUGUUGCUUGUAACAAGUUGAAGGAUACGGAAUGGUUUUCACGGCAAGACCCAUAUGUUUGUCUGGAAUAUGCUAACACCAAGCACCGUACCAGAACAUGCACAGACGGUGGUAAAAAUCCUACAUUCCAAGAGAAGUUCGUGUUUCCGUUGGUUGAAGGUCUUAGAGAACUGAAUGUUCUGGUCUGGAACAGCAAUACUGUCACCUUGGACGACUUUAUUGGCGAGGGAAAGGUUCAACUUCAGAAGGUUCUUUCACAGGGUUAUGAUGACAGUGCCUGGACGCUCCAGACAAAAACUGGCAGAUAUGCAGGAGAAGUGAGGCUAAUCAUGCAUUAUGCAAAGACCAAUAAACCAACAGCAAGCUAUGCUCCAUCUGCUCCCCCAUAUGCAGCACCACAUGUACCACAAUCUCAUCUAUAUUCAACCCCUCCGCCUCCUGCUCCUUAUGGACCACCAGCAUCUGGACCUUACCCACCACCACCAGCAAGCUACCCAGCUCCAUCUCCCUAUCCUUCAUACUCACCUAGUUCAGCAGCAUAUCCACCAUCCACGUAUGGUCCCCCUCCAUCUGCCUAUCCUCCCCCACCAUACCCACCAACUUCAGCAUAUCCUCCAUCAACGUAUCCACCACCUCCACAACCCUCGCCCUAUUAUCCUCCAGGUCCUUUUCCUGGACUUUAUCCUCCUCCGCCACCACCGUACUGA